AUGGCCACCUCUUCCGCGGUGGCGUCCGUCCAAUUUAGUAGCGACAGCGACUCAUUGCGUCAAUUCGACGAAGACUUCUCCGACCCUCGGCGCCGCGCGCAAGUCAGGGUUCUACAUUACAAGAUUCUUCUGCCGCCCAUAAGCGAGAAGCGUAUCAAGAAGUUUCAGAGCCGGAAAGAGGCCGCUGCAAACAGUGUCGCAAUCACACAGGCACUUCUCGAUCUAUUCACGAGACUGCACGUUUGGGAUUCCGCAUCCACAGCUAGCGAGGAGAGCGGUAUUAAGCUCGUGGCCAAGAUUGAGUCGUCCUACCAACCGCCCUCAUACGAUGACUAUACUCACGACGGGGCACCUAUUUGGUAUCUUCGCAACGAUCUAAAGUAUCUUGGUCUAGUCGAGAGCUUGUUGCUGUGUUUGGGACUGCUACUAGAGGUCAGCGCUAUCUCUCAUAUUCACAUGAAAACUGGUUUAUUGGCGGUCCUAACUAAAUCUUUGCCCGCUCUACGCCGACUUACUUUCAAACUUAUGAUGCCAACUCGUCGGUAUAUGUUCCAGCGGAGAGAAAUCCGAUGCGCCCUCGCCGAUGCAAUGCGGGAUGCGUCUCUCGAUAAUCUCGAGGUUCUCGAAAUCCGACUUUACGACGGUGCGCCAGAUGACGAAAGAUUCGGCCUCGACGUGCUCACAAACUCUGAAGGACAAGACGGUUUGAGCAUGGCCAUUCGGGAUAUGCUCAAACUCCCAAAACUACGAGAAGCGUCGUUUCUUGGCGGCUGGAUCCUUGCACCAUCGGCCUUGCAGACGGAUACCUCUUUCGGGCCGCGUCUGGAAUAUCUGUCCUUUGAAAUCAUCCCCGUCACCCCGGAUGGAAAGUGGCUAGUUACGGGCAACAUCGAGGACGCACCAUCAACCGAGGAGACCCUGGCAGCUCUCGACUCACAAGACUCCGACGCAACAGAUUAUAUCCCAGACCACUCGUGGUUCAGGGAGGAUGGAAACUACCCACAAUGUUUUUUUCGCUACACCUUCGAUAGCCGGACAUUUGAUCCACUGCUUGUUUCCCUGGCCCAGGGCGUACGCAGUAUGCCUGUGCUGCGCGAGCUGAAACUAGUCAUGUACCAAGGUGUUCAUCUUGAAAUGGGGUAUUUUGCCGGCGAUGUCAGAAAUGAGGAGGCUUACCGCCGAUACUACGCUGAGACCUCACCAAGUCGCAAGUUUGAAGUGGAAAACAUCCAUCGCCCGCGGUGGGUUAUGAUAUUGGUUGGAGAGGGGUUUGAGUUUGACGGGGUCUGGUCAUUUUCACCCAGUAUAGUCACAGCCAUGGACGAAGGUGGUGGACGGAUCUUGUUCAAUGGCGGUGAUGAAGUGUUGGUUUCCUCUGGCGACGGUGCAACGUUCACUUGGGUCGCAUGA